UACCCAAUCAUAUGUCCCAAGCUCCUACCACUUGAGCUAUCCUACGGGGACAUUGUUGAAGCAACUAUUACUUAAUUUUAAGCAGCAAACAACUCCACACAAACGUGCUUUAAUGGAAAAAAAAAAAAAAAACCCCAUCACUUAAUCUUAAGAACUGGUGUAAAAACUUGAAAAAAUGCUCUAAGAGACCUGUGCUUUUUCCACUUUAACCAAGACUUUAUUAGUAAAGGUGGGAAUGUCCUUGAACACAACAAAAGUACUCACAUGUACACUCCCAGGUGGUGGCUAUAAAGUGUUAGAACCUCAUACUCUCUCCUUAGACCAAACUAGUACUACUCUUAUUGCACUAUUGACACAAUGACAGGGCCUGGCUCAUCAUGUGGAGCAUGCAAGUUCCUCAGGAGAAAGUGUGCAAGUGAUUGUGUUUUUGCUCCUUACUUCUCCUAUGACCAGGCUGCAACCCAUUUUGCAGCGGUGCAUAAGGUUUAUGGUGCCAGUAAUGUAUCCAGGCUACUUUCACAUCUUCCAAUCCAGAGUAGAAGUGAUGCUGCCAUCACCAUUUCUUAUGAAGCCUUGGCUCGUAUGCAGGAUCCUAUAUAUGGCUGUGUUGCUCAUAUCUACGCAUUGCAUCAACAGAUUGCUAGCUUGCAAGAGGAAAUAGAUAAUUUACUUGGAAGUCAAAUAGCAAAUUCAUUUGUCAGUAGUGUUGAUUGUGGCGGUGUCCAAGUACCAGUGAAUUUGAACAGUGAAAUACAGUAUCUUCUGCAGCAUGAUCAUGCUACAAUAAGGACACCAUAUCAUCAAAAUCAACUAGCUAAUUUUCUUUCAUCACAAGAAGGAAGUGCCUCAGUAGUAUACCAAAGUGUAAACUCACAGAUGGAAACAGAGCUUCCUCCUAAUGCACAUGCACUACAAGAGCCUUUAUUUGGUGAUUUCAACUCCAAUCCAUUUGAGAAGUUCCUAUCAGGAAUUGACCAAGAGGUCUUCGUGCACCACCCCUGGUUCAAACAUAAUGGAUAGACAUAAAGAAUUAGGUACAUGUUUAGGUAAUGGAAGUUCCGAUCAGGAAUGUUAAAUAUGUUGCUAGACCUGGCUCAGUGCAUGCAUGUUUAGGUACAUAAUAGAUUUUCAGAUUGAAUGAAGAAUUGAUUCUAGGAGAAGCCAUUUCUAGUUGCUUUUGUGGUAGUGAACUUAAUUCUGGAAGAUUUGAACGGAAAUCAAAACAUGUUGCGCAUGAUUAUGAUUGCUGGAAAAUUAACUUUUGUAUGAUGUGUAUUUUACAAUAUAAUUAAG